UUGUUGUUGUUUCGAUUUGCUGUUGUGUUGUGAUUGCUUAUGUAGCAAUCCAACGGGACAGAAAGUCGCCUAAUUUUCAAGGUUUUUAUCCCCAAAAAAUGGGGCUUUUCGACCUUUUAUAUCUGUUUAUAUGAAAGUGCAUUCAUUGUGGCAGAUUAUGAGAAAGAAAAGCGGAAUACAUCUAUUUGAGGUGGAGAAAAGCAGAUUCACGUGAGAACUAAGAAAGGAGUAAAUCACAUCACGUAUAAAAGGAAAUCUUAGGAAUAUGGAGAAAAUUCAAAGAUUAGUCAGAUCUUUAAGGACUGCAAGGGCUGCAGACCUACCAACAGAUCCUCAGGCAGCUAUCUCGACUCUACUGCCCCUGAUUAUGAGAAAUGACCACAAAACAGUAGCAGAGCUACUAUUGUCAUCAGAUUUUGAUGUGAAUUACAGAAUAAGAGCUGAGAGGACCCUUCUGCACAUAGCAGCAAAUGUUGGUGCAUAUGACUGUCUCGUCAUCUUGAUAAAGAAAGAUGCUAAUGUGGAUUGCCAAGAUAGAUCAGGAGUGACACCAUUGCAACUUGCUGCUAGAAAUGGGCAUACAAAAUGUAUUCAUAAACUGCUUGAAAGUAAAGCAGAUAUUGGUAUAUGCAACAGCGAUGGAAUGACUGCUCUACAUUGGAUUGCAUCUAAUGGAAGAACUGAGCUCCUUAAUGCCAUUUUGCCAUUCAUUAACAACAUUGAUAUCAAGGAUGUUAACAGGCAAACGCCUCUGCAUCUUGCAUGUUUCACAGGGCAUAAGUCGACAGUUCAAAAGCUCAUGGAAAAUAAUGCUGAUUUUGAGAUGGUUGAUGCAAGAGGAUACACAUCCUUGUUUUAUGCCUGCAGCCAUGGCCAUGCCGAUAUUGUCAGCUACCUGUUGUCAAAAGGAGCGAAGUUUUCCAAAAAUUACGAUGACAUUUCACCACUGCAAAUUGCGCUUGAGAAUGGGCAUAAAGAAGUUUGUUUUGUCCUGAUAGAUUGGAGAAACAGCUUACUGGAAAAUCUUUUGAUUCUCGCCCAAGAUUGCUCGAUUCCAGAAGAAAAGGCCUUGAGUGCAUUGAGAUACAUCGCCGGUAUGAAAGAAGAAUUUCACCGGGCCAUUCUUAUACGCUUAGCAGAUCGCUCAAGGGUGGCUGGUCUCGAACUCCUGAGUGCCUCAAGUGACUACGACAAAACGCAGACAGCCUUUUUUAAACCCCUUUCUCUGCUAUGCAACAUGAGCUUGCUUUCGCCGGAAGAUUUGCUAGAAAGGCCGAGGUUAGGCUCAAAUAGUAUCACUGCAAGGUCACGAUUGCGAACUUUGACUGGAGGUGCCCCGCAGAACUCGCAGCAGUUUAAGCCGCCCGCGGGAGAGAUUCAAGAAACUCUAAGUAGUCUAUGGAGCUCACUUGAAAAUUGGUUCAUAUUAAUCAAGGAUGAAAUUCGUCGAGCUCCAACCUCGGGUUCUGCCAAAGAGAACCAGGGGGCGGAAUCCGCGAUUCCUAAAGAAUGUGACGAUGUCGAUUCAGAAACUCGUUUUAUUGCAAGUGAGCUAGUCCGGUCCAAUCCAAUUAAUAUAUCAGUCCGGCCCAGGAGUACUGCAAGUAUUGAAAGCAUUUUACUCAGUCAACCCGCACUUGAAUUCAACAUGGCACGGCAAAGCGGAGACCUGAAUUCUAGCCGAGGACUUCACCGUGAUUUAAGUUUAAGGUUAAUGCAAAGAUCUAUCAGUUCAAAUCAGCCACGAGACCCAGGCUCAUUGGUAUUAGCUCCGGAAACCAGAUUCAUUGAUAAUGACACUGCGGAUGAGGCUCCUGCGCACGCUAACAUUGGGCUAAAUAUCAGUGAAGACGCAAUGCUUAGUCCCGUUGAUGAGAAUGAGACUCCUGCAACUGAGAAUGUUGUUAGUACUGUGACUGACAGCCAUACGCAGGACGAGAGCCUGCCAUCUUAUAAUGACAAUGCUAGGCCAUUGGAAGAAAGAGAUGCCAGUUUGAAUAUCUCUGAUAAUGAAAAUCCCACCAAUAAUACACGGCCUCGUCGGCUAGUUAGAAGAUCUAUCUCAUACACUAAUGCUGUUGUUGGAGAAAGCCAAUCACUGGAUGGCCCAGAUAUAGAACGUCAAUUCCUACAGCAAUUAAGCAGGGAAGCAUCGAUUGAAGAUCAUUCCACGGGACAUAUUGACAGAUUUCUGGUCCCGCAUUAUUCCGGUGCAGUUGAUACUAAGUUUGCAUCGACUGGAGCUGAGAGUGAUAAGAGUGAUGAAAAAGUGAACAUGAUUGAGAGAUUUGCUGAUCGUUUAUGCGCGGUGGUGCAUGGAUACCACUUGGCAAGUUUCAACUGUCCUUACUGGGAGUCAGCUAGGAAGUCUCAAAUUCGGAAAUCAGGAUUCCAGGAAUUUAUUGAACGAAAUGAGGAAGUUCUUCAGCUGUUUGUUGCAAGAAAGCCGAAGUUGAUAUUUGAUCAUUUUCAAUUUGUUUUGGAUAGUCCGCUACUGCUCCAACGCUAUCUUCCCGUUAUACAUAAACAGCCAUUUACGGAGCGACUAGACUGGUUUUAUGAAAACUUGCACAAUGACCAGAAUCCAACGCAAGUCCCGUUCGAUGAAAAAUCUUUGAUAACAGUGACUAGAGAUGCAUUGCUGCUUAGCAGUUGUGAUAAACUGCUGGAAAGGGAAAGUGAUGUCUUGAAGCGAAAUUUGGCUGUGAGAUUUGAAGGUGAAGCAGGAAUGGGAGAGGGUGUUGUUCGAGAAUGGCUUGAUCUUCUCUUCAAGGAAGUCCUCAAUCCAGAUUAUGCGUUGUUUACACUUUCAGCAGAUGGGAGUACAUUCCAGCCAAACAGUAACUCUGCAGUCAAUUCGGAUCAUCUGAAUUACUUUUGCUUUGCUGGGAGAAUGAUGGGCCUAGCCAUGUACCAUAAGAGACUGAUAAGUGCAAGUUUUACGAGAUCAUUUUACAAGCACAUUCUUGGGAUACCAGUUGAUUAUAAAGAUGUAGCAUCAAUGGAUCCGGAUUACGCGAAAAAUCUCCAGUGGAUCUUGGACAACGAUAUUUCUAAUCUUGGCCUUGACCUGACUUUUGCUGUUGAAACAAAGGAAUUUGGUCAAGUCAAGCUGGAGCCCCUUAAACCUGGUGGCUGUGACAUCUUGGUAACAGAUGAGAAUAAGGAGGAGUAUGUCCAACUUGCUGCAGACAUGAAAAUGACCAAGGCAAUUAAGCCGCAGAUUUACAGUUUCCUAGAAGGGUUUCACGAGUUCAUCCCGCAUUCACUUGUGGCAUUGUUCAAUGAAUGUGAGCUGGAACUGAUUCUCUCAGGUGUUCAAGAGAUUGACUUCGAGGACUGGAAAAACAAUACAUUGUACCAAGCAGGCUAUGAUGCAGAGUCACAACAAGUUAAAUGGUUUUGGGAAACAGUGGAAGAUUUUGAUCAACAAGAACGAUCCCUGUUGUUACAGUUUGUCACUGGAAGCUCUCGGGUCCCAUGGGGUGGCUUUGCAAGUCUUAUUGGAGCAUCAGGUCCACAAAAGUUCACCAUCUCGUCGACCGCAUCUUUGGAUAACGUUUUGCCGUCUGCAAGUACAUGUUUCAACCUCCUUAAACUACCGGAGUAUAGCAGCAAAGAGGAUCUGGUUGAAAAGCUGAAGACUGCUCUAAAACAUGGUGUAUCGGGCUUUGAGUUCGCUUGAAGUCAUACGUUUGUGCCAAAAGCCUAUUUUUUAUUGGGUUUUCUAUUUAUAUAUAUUCUGGGUUACAAUUGAAACCAAGACUACAAGGAAUUUGUAUUUAUUUAACUUGAUUGUAUUUGAAUUUUUAUAAAUCAGGAAGCAGUGCUUCGUCAUUUGUUUUGUAAAUGUUUCAAAGAAAAUUAUAUUUGAUGCGUUGAGUUUCAAUAAUGAGAAAUAUAACACCUACA